AUGGAUAUUUGUGGUAUAAAUGAAGAACUUGACAACAUUGCCGUUGCAGAUAUGACAGAACAACAGGCUCAUCGCCUACUGCGUGAAAAUCAACUUGCAUGGAAAAAGGAAGGCACAAAAAUACGAAGAAAACAAAGAAGAGCUUUGAAGGCAUCCAAAAGAAGACACGAAAUGGGAAUGAAUCUUGAGCCGAAACAACAAAGGAUUCCAAAAAAAGAUGCACCAACAGUUCAACCAAAAUCAAUAUGA